CGGCAAGCACAUGCUGGAGAACGCGGCGUAGCCAUUUUGGAAAGUUCGACAUUUUCAGCAGAAAGAAGCAAGACUUAAAUAUCAUAUUGUCGGCAUGGGUUCUCACGAGGAUGACGGCUUCGUUGUAAGACUGCGAGGUUUGCCAUGGGCAGCUACACCUGAAGAAGUUGUCCGAUUUUUUGCAGGGGAAGAAAACCCAGAUGUUAAAGUUGAUCCGGAAAGCUGUGGAAUACGCAACGUCCACUUCACAUUUUCCCGUGAAGGACGUCCCAGUGGAGAGGCAUUUGUAGAGUUCAUGAAUGAUGACGAUGUAGAGCAGGCUGUCAAGAAGAACAAUGAACACAUGGGACAGAGAUAUAUUGAAGUAUUUCGGUCUAAGAAGAGUGAGAUGGACUGGGUGAUCAAACGGGCAGGGCCCAACCAGCAGGCACCCACCGAGGCAGUUGUCAGGCUACGAGGGCUCCCAUUUGGCUGCUCCAAAGAAGAAAUUGCUCAAUUUUUCACAGGGUUGGAGAUUGUACCCAAUGGGAUAAUGCUACCUGAGGAUCGACAGGGGCGCAGCACGGGGGAGGCGUAUGUCCAGUUUGCAUCCCAAGACAUAGCAGAAAAAGCCCUGGGUAAACACAAGGAAAGGAUAGGGCACAGGUACAUAGAGAUCUUCAAAAGCAGCAUGGGUGAGGCCUACAACGCCAUGGGCCAGCAACGGAUGAGGCCUAUGAUGGGAGGGUCCAUGGGACGCCCAGGGCCCUAUGAUCGCAAUGACCGCUUUGGCGGCAUGGGCAUGGGUAACAUGGGAGGAGGUGGUGGAGGCGGCGGUGGUGGUGGCGGCGGCGGCGUCGGCGGAGGUAUGGGAAUGGGAGGAUAUGGCCGUGGACGAGGUGGCAGAAAUGUUAAAGGUUACUUUGAAGAUGACUUUGAUGAUUACAGUGGAGGAUAUGGUGGUGGAAUGGGAUUUGGGGGUGGAAACCGUCGAGGGGGUGGCGGUGGAGGAGGUGGUGGUGUCGGCGGCGGUGGCGGCAUGAGGGGCAAUAAUCAGCGGGGCCGGAUGAAUAUGGACAGACCCCGUGGAGCCACUCCUGGCAGUCAUUACAUUAGUGACACUGGACAUUCUGUACACAUGCGAGGCCUUCCGUUCCAGGCCAUUGAACAGGAUGUAUAUGAUUUCUUCAGCCCAAUCCGCCCUGUGAAGGUUGAAUUUGAAUAUGCCCCAAAUGGUCGACCAACUGGUGAAGCAAAUGUUGACUUUGCCUCUCAUCAAGAAGCUGUUGAGGCUAUGAAGAAACACAAGUCAAAUAUGCAGCACCGCUACAUUGAACUGUUCCUGAACUCAGCUCCAGCUGAACGUGGGGGCGGUGGAGGAGGAUUUGGCUCUGGGCAGAUGGGUGGGAGUGGUUUUGGUGGAGGUGGCAACAUGGGCAGUGGCUUUGGCAACUCCGGAGGUUAUGGUGGGGGUGGUGGUAACUAUGGAAACAAUGGCAACAACUUUGGAGGAGGAGGAGGAGGCGGCGGUGGUUAUCAAGGAAACAUGAAUAGUUACAUGGGAGGUGGUGGAGGCGGCGGCGGUGGUGGUGGCGGCUAUGGCAACAAUAUGGGUGGCAUGAACAACAAUGUAAUGGGAGGAAAUCCAAACUACACAGCAUUCUGAAGUGAACGGCUGCUUAUUGUGGAAAGUUUUAUUUGUGACAUGGACACAACAUUAGCAUAAACACUGCGAGCAGAUAUACAACACUUGACUGUCAAGUAAUAGAUGCGUUGCCUCUGAUCAUUGAUCCAGCUUCUCCCCCAGGCGUCAGUCAAUGCUUAUUCCAUGUGUCAGUGGGAAGAAUGACGGGAACAUUGUCUUCACUUACGUGUUUGUCAUGACAUCACCUUUUCUACAGUAUACUUUUAUGGGACACUUCCAUGGCUUCAAAUGGUGUUGCAGCCCUGUAACUGACUGGAUUGACAUCGUUUCAUACGUGGUUUACUUUUAUGUGUACAUAAUAUCAGGAACCUUUCUUAAAUUGUAAGGGAUAUGAAACGUUUUAGGCCAGUCUGACAACUUGUAUGAUCAUGUGUUGGAAAUUAUAUUGAUGGAAUUCUAAGUGUUUUAUCUACUUAAAGUAUUGCUGCACACAUUGUGUUGUGUAUGAUCUUGUAUUAAGGACUCAGCCUUGAACUAAUCGCAUCAGUGUAUAUUGACCAUGUUGCAUCACUUGCUGUACAUCAGAUAAACUGUAUCUCAGUAAACACCUCUCUUUAUGUAA